CAUCUCUUUUCGUAAUGGUAUAAAAGAGCGUUACGCGGCCCCACUUCCAGAGUGCCCCGCUGACACGCCGCAGCCAUGAAGGGAGCAGCAACCCUGUGCCUCCUGGCCUUCGCCUCCGCGACUCUGGCAGCCCCGUCGCACAAUGACCCACGAUUUCCCAAGACGGGGAAGGAGUGGACGCCGGACUCGCUCAUAAACCCUGAUGAGCUUGGAAAUUACUUCCAGGGUGACAUAGAGCUGCCGCUGCCGCCGCAGGGAAGGAACGGCCUCAUUGACGAGAGGUACCGCUGGCCCAACGGCCAGGUGGCCUACGUGUUCGACUCUGCCUUCUCUGCAGCCAACAGGGCAAUCGUGCAGGACGGCAUGGCCGAGUACGCCUCACGAACGGGCGGCUGCAUCACCUUCGUCGAACGUACAACCGAGUCGAACUACGUAUAUUUUACGCAGGAUAACAACGAUGGAUGCCACAGUAUGGUAGGCAUGCGCGGCGGCAGCCAGAAUAUCAACUACCCCCAGUGGUGCCUCGACAGGUGGGGCUCCGUGCUGCACGAGAUGUACCACACCCUCGGCUUCUACCACGAGCAGUCACGCUACGACCGCGAUGACUACGUUACCAUCAUGUGGGAUAACAUCGAGGAAGGGCAUGAGCACAAUUUUGACAAGUACUCGGAGAGCAUUAUUAAUGGGUUCGGCGAAGACUACGACUACGGCUCCGUCAUGCACUACUCCGCCUACGCUUUCUCUGCCAACAACGAGAAGACCAUCGUGACUCUGGACCCCAACGCGGUCAUCGGACAGCGUGAUGACCUGAGUCAAGUGGACCUCAACAAACUGAUGAACAUGUACAACUGCUGAGUGAAGGAGAGGAGGAAACACACACACACACACACACACACACACACACACACACACACACACACACACACACACACUUGAUUAUUGAAGAGGUUAAGACAGACAUUACCUGUGAAAAGUACGUAUUGGGGAGGAACCGCUCACCCCUGCCACCCAUUCCCAAGAGCUUUAUCCCUCUCCCCACUUUUCUCCGUAUUUUACACGUUUUCCUUCACAAAAUGGAAAAAAACGGUUACGUGUA